GCAAAAGCAUUAAAGGGUUAAAUUGCGGCACAGAUAUUAUUAUGCACUCAGAAACUGCUAAUUUGUCUUACCUUUGAUCCAAUAGUUUUGCACUCCUAUAGUCAUGUUUAUUCAAGUUGCAACACAGGUAGGGAAUAACAACCUACAAGAUAUUUUCAGUCUCGUGAUGCAAACAACCCACCCAGAACAACUGUUUCUCAGCACAAAUAGAGUCACUGUCACUACCAGUUUCUUUGUCUAUAAAAGGAGCCACAUUAUGCUUUCAUUCUAUCUGAAGCUGAGUUAGAAGAAAGUAAUCUCUUAAUUUCUCCCUCUUCAAAUUAUUUCUGCAGCUUAUGCUAAUACCUGACAUUGGGAAGGAAGAUGAAUUUGAUACAUGCAGAUGCUUUUGACUAUAAAGGAUUGCUCGCUGACAAGUCCAAAACUGGUGGUUGGCUACCUGCAGCUUUUAUUUUAGGAAUUGAGUUCUGUGAGAGGCUUUCGACGAUGGGUAUAGCAGUGAAUCUUGUCACAUACUUGAGUGGAAAAAUGCACCUGUCUACUUCAGCAUCAGCCAAUAUUGUCACCGAUUUUAUGGGCACUUCGUUUCUCCUGUGUUUGCUUGGAGGUUUUCUUGCAGAUUCUUUCCUUGGAAGAUUCAGAACUAUUGCUAUCUCUGCCAUAAUUCAGACCAUUGGCACUGGGUUGUUAGCUCUGUCAACUAGACUGCCAAGCUUGCAUCCACCACCUUGUGACACCACUAAUGCAGACAAAUGCGAGCCUGCUAGUAGCUUCCAAAUGGGAAUUUUGUAUCUCUCCCUUUACCUCAUUGCCCUUGGGACAGGUGGCUUGAAGUCAAGUGUUUCAAGUUUUGGAGCUGAUCAGUUUGAUGAGAGUGACGAGAAGGAAAAGGCUAAAUUAGCCUACUUCUUUAACAGAUUCUUCUUCUUGAUCAGUACAGGAACUUUAGUGGCAGUUACAGUGCUUGUCUACCUUCAGGAUGAAGUUAGUCGGAGCUUGGCGUAUGGAAUUUGCUCAGCAUCAAUGUUUAUUGCUAUUUCUGCAUUCUUCUUGGGAAUUAAGAGAUACAGAUUUAAGAAAAAUCAUGGCAGUCCCAUUGCUCAUAUACUGCAAGUAAUUGUAGCUGCUACCAAGAAAAGGACAAUGAAUCUUCCUUACAAUACAAGCUUGCUAUAUCAAAGAUUUCCAGAUGCAUCAAGAAUUCAUCACACCGAUCAAUUCAGAUUCUUGGAUAAAGCUGCAAUCAUUGCUGAAAGUGAUCAAGUGAAAGAUGGAGUCUUGGAUUGCAAUCCAUGGAAUAUUUGUUCGGUUACAAGAGUAGAGGAGGUAAAGGCAAUGAUCCGACUACUCCCUAUUUGGGCAACAACGAUUUUAUUUUGGACUACGUAUGCACAGAUGCUCACCUUCUCAGUUGAACAAGCAUUCACUAUGAAGAGAUCAAUUGGCGGUUUCCAAAUACCAGCUGCCUCCCUAACUGUAUUCUUUGUUCUAGCUGUGUUAAUCACUCUGGCAGUGUAUGAUCGCAUAGUCAUACCUCUGUGGAAGAAAAGGAAAGGAAAGGCUGGUCUUAGCAACCUGCAGAGAAUGGGUCUGGGUCUACUCCUCUCUGCCUUAGGAAUGGCAGUUGCAGCAAUUAUUGAACUGAAGCGUCGAUCAGUGGCCAGAGCUACCUCUGAAAUGUCAGUUCUUCCAAUCAGUGUUUUCCUUCUGAUCCCACAGUUUCUCUUAGUGGGCGCUGGAGAAGCUUUCACAUACACAGGGCAGCUCGAUUUCUUCAUAACCGAGUCUCCAAGAGGGAUGAAAGGGCUGAGCACGGGCUUAUUUCUUGUAACAAUCUCACUCGGCUUCUUCAUCAGCAGCUUCUUGGUUCUCAUUGUUCAGAAAGUCACCUUAAGCUUUGGCGGUGAUGGAUGGAUAGGAGACAACAUUAAUAAGGGGAGACUUGACUGCUUUUACGGGCUCCUGUCCAUAUUAAGCUUCAUAAAUUUCGGAUUGUACCUUGUUUCUGCUAGGUGGUACAAGAGACAGAUGCCUGCAAAGCCUACUCUGCAGGUUACCUGUGGGAAAGGUUCACCAGAAGAGGAGUGCUAAAAGACUAUAAAUUGAGGUUUCUAUUACCUUUGCAAGUGUUCAUAGCUCUUUUCUUUUUUUCUUUUUGUUUGAAGUUACUAUGGAAUGAGAUUGAUAGGUUCUUUUCUUUCCUCCUAUGUGCUUCUUUUUACCCCUUUUGGAUUGUAACAAAGUUAAUGUAAAUUUUGAAUGAAAUGUACUUCAAAGAAUGUAUGCUGGGGAUUA